AUGGCUCUGCGACGCACCUUUACGCUUCAGCAGCAACUGCUGCGCCCGAUAUCUCGCAUAUGUCUAGGGAGUAAUGGAGGACAGAGACGCGGCCUUGCAACAGUUGUACCACCAGUUACCCAAGAUGCCACGGGUUCUAAAGGACCGACUGCAAUGGUCUUCUUAAAUAUGGGCGGUCCUUCAACAACUGGCGAAGUGGAGGAUUUUCUGAGCAGACUAUUCGCCGAUGGCGACUUAAUCCCCCUAGGCCGUCUCCAAAACUACCUCGGCCCACUGAUCGCGAGGAGGAGAACACCAAAGAUCCAGAAACAAUAUUCGGAUAUUGGAGGAGGUUCACCAAUCAGGAAAUGGUCUGAGUAUCAAUGUACAGAGAUGUGCAAAUUAUUGGACAAACUUAACCCCGAAUCCGCGCCUCACAAGCCUUACGUCGCAUUCCGAUAUGCCGCACCCUUAACGGAAGAAAUGUAUACCCAGUUACUAGAGGACGGAUUCGGUAACGGAAAGGGGGGUCGUGCUGUCGCAUUCACGCAAUAUCCGCAGUACUCAUGCUCUACAACAGGCAGCUCACUAAAUGAGCUGUGGAAAUGGAGAAACCGACUGGAAGGAAAGCGUGGAAAUGGCGACAUGGAUUCGACAGGGGCUAUCCAAUGGAGUGUCAUUGAUCGCUGGCCAACACACCCCGGUCUUGUUGAAGCAUUUGCGCAGAAUAUCGAGGAUCAGCUGAAGACCUACCCUGAAGAAAAGAGAGGCAAUGUGGUGUUAUUGUUCUCGGCUCACAGUUUGCCUAUGAGCGUGGUCAACAGAGGUGACCCCUACCCAGCAGAAGUCGCUGCAACCGUCCAUGCUGUAAUGCAAAGGCUAAACUUCAGCAAUCCCUACCGACUGUGCUGGCAGUCUCAAGUUGGGCCAUCUGCCUGGCUCGGCGCUCAAACUAGCGAUACGGUUCAGGAAUAUGUGAAGAAGGGCCACACCGACAUUGUUCUUGUCCCAAUUGCUUUCACCAGUGAUCAUAUUGAGACCCUGUACGAAUUGGAUCUAGAAGUGAUGGAAGAGGCCAAUUCUCCAGGAGUAAAGCGUGCCGAGAGUUUGAAUGGCAACCCGGUAUUCAUCCAAGCUCUCGCAGACUUGGCUCGGGGCCAUUUGCGAGCAGGGGACUUAUGUUCCCGCCAAAUGACGCUUCGCUGUCAAGGCUGCAAGAGCGAAAGGUGUCUUGAACAGAAGAAAUUUUUUGCCGGCCAAAAAUUCGCUUCUCUUGUACAAUAA